CUUGAGCCUGGACGCAUGUUUUCUGUCGCCUUCAUUCCCUGGAAGGCCCUGCAGGAGGACUGGAAUGACAUUGACCCGAUGAAGAAGAAAGACCUGCACCACAGCAACAUGGAAGAGAAAGGACAGAGUGUGGAGACCCUCCCUCCAGGCAAAGUGCGGUGGCGAGACUUCAACCAGGAAGCGUACGUCGGGGGGACCAUGGUCCGCUCCGGGCAGGACCCCUACGCCCGCAACAAGUUCAACCAAGUGGAGAGCGACAAGCUGCGGAUGGACAGGGCCAUCCCCGACACCAGGCACGACCAGUGUCAGCGGAAGCAGUGGCGGGAGGACCUGCCGGCCACCAGCGUGGUGAUCACCUUCCACAAUGAGGCCCGGUCGGCCCUGCUCAGGACUGUGGUCAGUGUGCUUAAGAAGAGCCCGCCCCACCUCAUCAGAGAAAUCAUCCUGGUGGACGACUAUAGCAACGACCCGGAGGACGGGGCGCUCCUGGGGAAAAUCGAGAAAGUGCGGGUUCUCAGAAACGAUCGGCGAGAAGGCCUGAUGCGCUCGCGGGUCCGGGGCGCCGACGCAGCCCAGGCCAAGGUGCUGACGUUCCUGGACAGCCACUGCGAGUGCAACGAGCACUGGCUGGAGCCGCUGCUGGAGAGGGUGGCCGAGGAUAGGACCCGGGUCGUGUCGCCCAUCAUCGAUGUCAUCAACAUGGACAACUUUCAGUACGUGGGGGCGUCCGCCGACUUAAAAGGGGGUUUCGACUGGAACCUGGUGUUCAAGUGGGACUACAUGACGCCUGAGCAGAGGCGCGCGCGGCAGGGGAACCCGGUCGCCCCCAUCAAAACCCCCAUGAUCGCCGGGGGGCUGUUCGUGAUGGACAAGUCCUACUUUGAGGAGCUGGGCAAGUACGACAUGAUGAUGGACGUGUGGGGCGGAGAGAACCUGGAGAUCUCCUUCCGCGUGUGGCAGUGCGGGGGCAGCCUGGAGAUCAUCCCCUGCAGCCGCGUGGGCCACGUGUUCCGCAAGCAGCACCCCUACACCUUCCCCGGCGGCAGCGGCACCGUCUUCGCCCGCAACACCCGCCGGGCGGCAGAGGUGUGGAUGGACGAGUACAAAAACUUCUACUACGCCGCCGUGCCUUCCGCCAGGAACGUCCCUUACGGCAAUAUCCAGAGCCGCCUGGAGCUGAGGAAGAAGCUGAGCUGCAAGCCGUUCCGCUGGUACCUGGAGAACGUGUACCCGGAGCUACGGGUCCCCGACCACCAGGACAUAGCCUUCGGCGCCUUGCAGCAGGGCACCAACUGCCUCGACACGCUGGGCCACUUCGCCGACGGCGUCGUCGGCGUGUACGAGUGUCACAACUCGGGGGGCAACCAGGUGGGUGCACGCGGGAGCUUGGGCAGCUGGGGCCCCAGGAGCCGGGCGGGGCCUGAGGUGAUGCGUCCAGCUGCCCCUUCUCCUGCCCUGGGGGAGGUCUGUGAGGGAGCUCCUGGCUCCUGCUGGCCACACCCUCCUGCAGCCUGGGGGGCAGACGGGGUGUCCCAGGUUCUGACCGGUGCCUGGAGCCAAGUCGAGGGGGUGAGGGGACCGGCCCAACUUCUCUGUGGCACCCUGUGCCCCCUCCUGUGUGUGGCACCCGGACUUUUGCUUACGGCCGGCAGUGCCUGUGACUCGUCCGUGUCGAUGAGGCGGCUUCUGACUGGCUGGUACCUGUGUGCCACACCGGCCGGGCAGCCCGUGCUCCUGUCCUUCCAGGCUCACCGUGCGGCACUCUCCUGUCUUUUGCAGAAAUGGGAGCAGAUCGAGGGCAACUCCAAGCUGCGGCACGUGGGCAGCAACCUGUGCCUGGACAGCCGCGGGGCCACGGCGGGCGGCCUGAGCGUGGAGGUGUGCGGGCCGGCGCUGUCCCAGCAGUGGAAGUUCUCGCUCAACCUGCAGCCGUAGGCGCCGCCGCCGCGCCCGCGGGCGGUCGGGGAUCACGGGAUCGAUCAAACCUUCCGCGAAACUAUAUACCUCAGUCUCCCCUCCUGUCUGCACGCCGGCGCCUCGGCACCGACCGGACGGGGCGGCGGACACAGCGGCGAGGGAAGAGGACUGAUCUCCAGUCACGGCGUGGCCUGGUCCCCUCCCUGGGCCACCGCCCCUUCCUGUCGGCUCCCUCCUGGUCCAGCCCAGACGCCAAGGAGCACCCCAGCCACAGCGGGGAUGCGACAGCCGAGACUCCAAGUGUGCGUGUGGGGGACGGGAGGGGGAAGGGGCGCGUGGCUCCAUCGCGGCGGGAGAACUUUCUGGAAACCUCCGUUUGCCCCAUCGUGAGCCCGUGUGGCCCACGCCGACGGCCACCUGCAGGUCCGGCUCCCCGCCGCCUCCACACGACGCGAAGGACCUGCCGUAUCCGAACUCGAACGUUUCUGUGGCGGGACACCCACUAUAAAUAGAUAUAAAGAGAGCGCACGGCCGUUCCGGUGGUUUCUGUAGGUCCUCACCCUGUAAAUGCCCCUCGGAGCCGGGCCGGCCGUGCCCCCAGGGGUGGCCCUGGCAGCGGGCGGGGCCCCGUGGAGACCAGGAUGCCAGCCUCGGCCCCGCCCCGCUGUCCGGCUCUAGCGUGGGCAUCACUGCUCUGUGUUGGAAUCCACGUUGCGUGCCCCUGGCAUCUGUAAACCUGGACUUGAUUGGA